AUCUUUAUCUCACUUCACACUCCAACACUGACAACUUCACCUCUUUCUCUCUUUUUCUCAACACUUCCCUCAUCAACUCAUCAAAUUUCUUUGUGACCAACAACUUCAAUUCAACAAUGAAAGAAAAUAACGAAGAGAGCUCAAACGGUAUUGAAACAACUCCACCAAUGACACAACUUUGUCAAAAGAGCUCUAAGGGAAAAGAACCAAUCACACAACUUUCUCAACCAAGCUCAAUGUUGAGAGCAGCAACUAUGCUCAAAGACAUCAACAACACCAAGGAACUUUGGAAGAUAGCUGUCAAAGUGAAGGACAUAUGGCAGGUUGUAAAAGAUGGUAAAGAGAGCUUUGAACUUGUGGUUGUUGACUCAAAGGUUGUUGAUGUCUUAUCUUCUACAUCAUUUGAAGUGUUUUGGUCUUUUCUUGCCAAAAGAUGUUUUUAGUCAUGGACAGAUUUAUGUUGCAGUUUCAAGAGUCAAAAGCAAAAAAGGAAUCAAGAUUUUGAUUCAUGAUGACAAAAAAAUACCAAAAACUUCAACAACUAAUGUUGUCUACAAAGAGGUUUUCCAUAAUAUUUGAAUAGUUGCUGAUUCAAGUUUUUUUUUAUCUCUAUUAGCUUCAAUUUAUGCUUGAAUAUUAUAUCUCAAUGUUUUGAAGUUUCAAUAUGUUAAUUGAGG